AUGGCUCACCAGGGAAGAUGCAGUGCUGCGAUACUUUCCACCAUUCUCCUCCUCUUUCUGCACUCACUCCCCUCUGUAUCUGCUCGAGGUGCCGUAUAUACCGUUGGGGAUGAUUCCGGCUGGACUUUCAGCGUCGAAGAUUGGACCAAAGGGAAGAAGUUCAAGGCCGGAGAUAUACUGACUUUCAACUAUUAUCCAUCAUUCCACAAUGUGGCAGUUGUUGAUGUCAAAGGCUAUAAAGGUUGCUCUCCAUCUUCAAAAGCUAAGAUUUACACAAGUGGGAAAGAUCGAAUUAAAUUAUCAAAGGGACGAAACUACUUCAUCUGCAGCAUCCCUGGCCAUUGUGAUGAGGGAAUGAAGUUAGCAGUUUAUGCUCACUAA